AUGCUGGCCGUCUGUCACAAAAGGUCGUCUGCAGUGACUGUCAUGCUGGCCCUCCUCCUUGCGUGCACGUCUCCUCUCACCGAUGCGUUCACGCCGUCGAGGACACCGCCACGACGCAUACCCGGACGGCGGGCGACGGCGACGGCGGCGCCGCCCGCGGUCGUCACGGAGGUGACGGCGGCGCAGGUCUUCGGCCGCCUCGCCGACAAGAAACUCCUGUUGGACGUGCCCGGCGCCGGGACGCCGGAGAUGAAGGACUGCUGCCACGGCGGCUGCGACAACUGCGACUACUCGCGCGUCUUCGACGAGAUGAACGCGGGCAAGGCCAAGUGGGUAGCUUGUUACGCGCGUUGCACAGUGUAUCCCUUUUAAGACCUGUGAUAUCACAUCUCAUCGAUCAUAGGUCGUGCGCGAGCACAGCGACGGGCGGCGCCACGAGGCGCCGGUGCGGGACCUCUUCGGCGGCGACGAGCGCCUGGGCGUGGCGGAGUUCGUGGCGCGGCUCGGCGAGGUCGACCCGCGGCCGGCCAUGGGCGCGCGGCCCGCCGACCUUACCUCCGACUUCGACGCGGCCGCCGCCGAGGGGCUCGUCCGCAAGGUCGUCGGCGGGGACGAGGUGAGCCGGGAGGCGUGGGGCGACGCGCUCGUGGCGAUCUCCGGCGAGGCGCACGGCGUCGCCUGGCGGCCGUGGGCCAAGGCGCUCGUCGGGUGAGCAGCUGCUCGGCGCACGGGGCCACGGCGCCCGUCGGGUGAGCAGCUGCUCGGCGCACGGGGCCACGGCGCCCGUCGGGUGAGCAGCUGCUCGGCGUCGCCGGGCGGCCGUGGGCCACGGCGCUCGUCGGGUGAGUAG